UCUAUCAGUCAGCCAGUGACACUCCCAAAAAGCAUUACCAAUUUAACAGAUUUAACAAUCUUCCAACCAAACAAUAUAUUUUAAUCGGUAAUCAAGGAAUGAUUACGUUAGGGAUUCUUUAAGCCAUCGAUUCGGUGAUGUUUGUUGGGUCUGUGGUCGACGGAAUGAUGAAGAUCUUCAACUCUUUGCCCUAAAUUCGUGUUCUUCUCAUCUGCUUUAGCAUCUAUUGGAUUGAUCGAAUUGUUUUGGUUCUUGAAAUGUAAAAUGGCUUAUUGAAAUCUAGGGUUUGCUUUUCAAUUUCUUCCUCUCGUAUUUGGGCUCUUUGGAUUGUCGAAGGGUCUUCUUUUGUCACUACUUUGAGAGGAGAGAGAAAUGAAAGACGUGAUGGGGAGUCCAGGAACUGUAAGUGGUCUACUGUUGAGGAUAGGGCAAUGUGCAUUUGCUGCAGCUUCGAUUGGAGUUAUGGCGUCUGCUAUUGGCUUCUCUACCUUCACGGCUUUCUGGAAAUAUUUUGAAGUUGGGUCAUGCAGGCUUUCAAAGAUGACACGGGGAUUGGUUGCAUUGUCUUCUGAAACGCUGAACUAUUUAAUUGCCUCAAUGGGGCUUCAAUUGCUGUGGAGCUUAGGACUCGCCUGUCUUGAUGUUUAUGCUUUGAGGAGAAAGAGAGACCUUCAAAAUCCUGUCCUAGUGAGCCUGUUUGUUGUGGGAGAUUGGGUUACAUCUAUGUUAUCACUUGCAGCUGCAUGCUCUUCAGCUGGAGUUGCAGUUCUGUAUGCAAAAGACUUGCCUGUUUGCAGGCAGCAAUUGCAUCUGCCCUGUGGUAGGUUUGAGAUUUCCAUACUUUUGGCUUUCACCACUUGGAUUCUCAUCGCGAUAUCUUCUCAUGUGAUGUUCUGGAUCGUAGCCUCAGUAUAGAUGAAUCGAGGUUUCCUCUGAUCAAUGUGCUAAUUAUACGUGUAUCUUUUGUGUUACAUGUAAUUUUUCUUUCUUUUUUUUGAAGUUUUACCUUUCCUAACUAUUGUGGCUGAUUUUCAAACAAGUAUCUUGUUAAUUGGAAAAAGUUUUGAUCGAUCAU